AUGGAUACUGUCAUCGAGACAAUUCUGGUGCCACCAUCCAGUCAACCACUGAGCGGCAUGGCUCUGCUGCAGGUGAUCUCCGCAAUUCUCGUGACCAGUGCCUAUGUUGCGCUCUGCCUGGAGGAUCCCGUAGAGGCUAUCUACUAUGCUGAACAGCUCCUCUCCGUUGGCCCUCCGUCCCCACGACCUGCCACCGGCACUACAGACAACGCCUUCAUCUGGAUCGGUCUCGUCGCUCCGCCUGCUCACCGCUACCUCGCAAAGAUGUACCUAGCAGAGGCGCGAAUCGCCAUUGAUCAAGUCGCAGAGGCCAGUAUGAGCCUGCUCUCCAAGGACUGUGUCACCUCGGUGGAGCGUACCCCCCCCCUCCCUGUGCACACUUUACGGUCCUACGCUUUCCUCCAACGCGAAUGUGCCUGCCUCUCGCCUGCCUUUCUUCUGCCCCAGACACACUCACUUUGCGGUCUCCGUACCGAUGCAUCGGCAAGCUCUUCUACGAGCACGGGAGCAAAGAACUCCAACAGCGACCUGCAGCGCCUUAUUCAACUACACAAGGAACAAUGCGAAGUCGAGCCUAUUCUCUGUCAGUCUAUUAACCCCAAGAGUCCCGAUUUUCCCUCUUUUGUGGAUCAGGCUAUUGGAGUGCUGUUGUACAAUAUGGCAGUGUGUUUUGCAGUGCGAGGCGAUCUCCCUAGAGUGCGGCAUCUACUGGAAAACGCUGCGCCCUCCCUCCUUGUUAACUUUCUUGACCCUAGCUCUCGAGCACCGGUUCGUCAUGGGAGUGAGGAACAUCAGCGUCUGCUCUACCCAACUGAUGCAACGAUGAGUGGUAUAUCGCGUCUACUAAACACGCACCACUUGCCUAGACAGUUUCUCCUGCUGUGGUUGUACCUAGAAAUGCGGGAGGAUAGGGCCUCGUCAGCAGUGCACUUUUUAAGAACACACAUCGGUGACGUCGCGUUUGACAGCCACCUCACUGAUAUUUCGGCGAGGGAGCUGAGUGUUUGUGAGCGAGGAGCGGGUGGGGAUAGCGUUUCGAUCAUGACGUUUGAUGGUGGUGGUGGAAUGGAGCGUCCGGAGAUACCUACGGAGUCGUUGACGCGUCAUAUGUCAAUGGUGGCGCCGUUGAAGCCUACCUCGUCAUCUCGUUCAACGCCUUUGCAGAUUCACGAUCCACCACCACCGUCGUUGUCCAAGUCUUCAACGGCUCCGUGUUGGACAGAUGCGGAUUGGCCGCCGUUGCAGGAGUGGUAG